GUCAAUAUGACCUUUUUAAUAUUGUUAGUGCUCCCCUGUCACUGGCCUCCAGGCAGGCUCUUUUCUUAACGGAACAAUGAAUGCUAUGAAUACAAUGAAACAGUCCCUAAUCUGAGUAAGGACAACAACAAAAAAGAUGUGCCUGCUGUUGCAACAAUAUGUCCUCAUUAAAAUUCCACCGCCAUACUCGCGCCACGGAAACCCAUGUCCUCUCGUGCUUGGGUGGCACUGAGUCUCUGCCCGCCUCUCGUGAAUAUCUUGUGGACCGCGCGGUAGCUCAAUCACAUAUGAUGCUCGAACUGCUAGUCAAGCCUGUUGCCUCCACCGUGUGGUUAUCCAUCUACCAUUGUCAGUGGUCCCAGGAUUUGAGGAGAUGCGCCCCCACCGUCCUCCUAUUGUGUUUCGCUUGAACAAACUGUAUAGCUCCCCGGGGCAGCAGUGUUGAGCACGGUCGGAUUGAACAUGGAGUUCAUGUGACAUUCUGGUUCGGAACUGGCAAUAUGUGCUUGCGGCUUGUGUGACUGGAGUGGUGAGACAGCGGCUUUUUGGGAUUCAGUUGACUGGAAUACGCGGAGUACUCGGAAGUACCAACGCACCUUGUGUAAUAGAGAACCAUGAGCACUGUGGAGGAGGACUCGGACCACAUGAUACCAUGAAGAGAAGCCUGCAGGUCCUGCGCCGCCAGCUGCUGAGUGUUCUAGCGAUCCUAUCUGUGCCAGUGGGAGUGGUGUCCUCUACCCAGGAGCUGUACCCCAGCCGGACCCCCAAGGACCCUGUCUCCAUGUCAGCGCCCCACAGCAGACACCCUAACCCGCUCCUGCCUCUCCCAGGCUGGCAGCAGGAGGACUCCAGCAGCGGGGACCCUUGGUCCCCCCAGGGAGGGGCGCUGCCCACAGGCAUCAUCAAGCCCACCACAGCCCCCAGCUCCUGGGGCUGGCAUCUAACCCACCACACCAGCCUGGCACACACUGUGACACCACCCAGUAAAGACAGCCUCAUUCAUGCUGCAGCUACUUUCAGUCCUAACACUGUGAACUCUGUGAGAGUAAACCAAGACCCUGGCCCUAGCUCUGUCAGCCCCAGUCCAGUCAAGCAGGCCCAUUCCCCCAGCUCUGGUGCUCUCAACCCAGGCCACAGCUCCAAUUCUCUCAGUGCAGACCAGGGCCUCUUGCCCAACUCAGUCAAUCAAGCCCAUAGCCCAGAUACUGUUAAUGUUAACCAGGGCAACAGCCAUCCUAGCCCUCCCAGCUCUGCUGGCCCACAGAGUGAGGUAGCUCCAGCUGCAGUGGAGGGGACUCUAGACUCUGGGUCUGCCCUGGCUCCUUCUUUGCCCUGCCCGCUCACAGAUAGAGAGCAUACUCUGGGCCUGGAGCUUGGUGGUCCACCGGCCCCCACACACACCCAGGAGCCUAUGGGGGGGAAUGUCAAGGAGCCCACAGACACCAGUCAGCAGGACUUCACCACUGAGCUGCAGCCUUCCUCUCUCUCCUCCUCUUCCUCAGAGGAUGCUGCUGUAGAUCAGACCCUUUGGGAGCAUGUUGAAGCCACGCCCGAGCUUUCCCGACCCCACGCCAUCACCCUACGGGAGGUGCACCCCCUGGUCAACGAGGACCCCACCCUGGAGCUCAAAACAGAUGGCAAUGUCACUUUUCAUAGCAGCAGUGUGGAGGGCAUCCCUGGCAAGGACCCUUCCUCCCAGUGGAACAGCUCAUCCGCUACGGAGCCCCCCUCCACGGCCAGUGGGAACUUUCUGAACCGACUGGUCCCCGCCACCACUGCAGACCCCUGGGGUCCUGGUAAUGGCUCCAGCCCAGCUCUGGACUCACCGCUGUCCAGCGCCACCAUCUGCCUGAGCAAGAUGGACAUUGUGUGGAUCGUGUUGGCCAUCAGUGUGCCUGUGUCCUCAUGCUCUGUCCUGCUGACCGUGUGCUGUAUGAGGAGGAAGAAGAAGUCUUCAAAUCAGGAGAACAACCUGAGCUACUGGAACAAUGCCAUCACCAUGGACUACUUCAACAGGCAUGCGGUGGAGCUGCCCCGGGAAAUCACAUCCCUUGACAAUGCUGAGGAGACGUGUCUACCCCCUAACGGGGACUACAGAAACAGCGGGGUGGUGCUGGUUAACCCUUUCUGCCAGGAGACCUUGUUCAUCAACAGAGAGAAGUCCUGCGACAUCUAGAGAGGAGGGACGCUGGUCUUGUGGCCAUGUCCUGAAACCACCAAUACAAGACUGUCAAAAAUAAAAGUCUGACUUUCAAAACUAAAGUCCCCCGCCACUGCUUUCUCCCUAUUCUCCCACCACUGUCAUUUUUAUACAUGUGGUAAAUCUUCAGAGACUCCCACUUUAUACUGUACAUUAUGAAUAUAUAGACCAAGAUUAAAAGAAGAGCUAAUAACAGACACUAUUUACUAUGAGGGUGCGCCCGCAUAUUUUUCUGAUGUGCAUUUUCUACAAAUGCUUAAUUGUGAUAAGCGUUUUUAUGUCUUUAUAAACCACUGAGUAUGUGUGAUUUCCAUUUUGUUACAGUGGCUUGAUGGUGAGAACAUUGUGGACGUGGUCACUUGAAUUCUGCUUUAGAGAGAAGAUAUUCUGUAAGAACAUUGUUUCAUUUUCUUUUUAAUCAAACCCCAAAUAAUUACUGAAAAUCCUGUUGAACUUGAAUUCUGUACCUACGAGAUUUAGGGCAAUGUUUGUGAGACCAGGUUUUAGUAGAGGCAAUGGAGGUAUUAUAAUUUGAACUGCCUCUGUAGCAUGGGGACUGUCUGUGUGUCUCUCUCUUUGCCUAUCUCUCUCUGCCUCUUUGCCUCUCUCUUUCUCUCUGCCUCUCUCUCUCUCUGCCUCUCUCUCUUUCUCUCUGCCUCUCUCUCUCUCUGCCUCUUUGCCUCUCUCUCUCUCUCUCUUUCUCUCUGCCUCUCUCUCUCUCUGCCUCUUUGCCUCUCUCUCUCUCUCUCUGCCUCUUUGCCUCUCUCUCUCUCUGCCUCUUUGCCUCUCUCUCUCUCUCUCUGCCUCUUUGCCUCUCUCUCUCUCUCUCUGCCUCUUUGCCUCUCUCUCUCUCUCUCUCUGCCUCUUUGCCUCUCUCUCUAUUUGUGUUAUGGAGUAGAUUCUGGUUUUGGCAGAUUUAGUAAAGGUUAGACGUUAAACAAACCUCAUUGUUUGUUUAAUGUCUAACCUUUACUAAAUAUUUUGAGACCAAAGUUAUUGUAACCUCCCUCCAUAAGUACAGUACUUGUCCAGGAGAUUAAACUAUGUUUAUUAUUGUAAUGUAUAGAUUGAAUGAUAUUUUAUUUCAUUUCUGGUUGUAGAAAUGAAAAAGUUCGUAGAAAUCAUGACCAAUGAAAAUACUGAGAUAUUUUAUCCUGAAUAUUUACUGUGAGCACAUAGUGGCAGUUUAAUCAAAUAUACGUAUUUUGUUUCAUUAUCAAAUCAAUUUCAGUUUGUCAUGCUUUACUUUUGCUUUGUCACAUAUUUAUAUUUACUAAAUACUGCGUCCUUUUGUCACAUUGUGAAACGCUGAUCUGUUAAAUCAUACUUCCCUGUGUUUGAAGAUUUUGUUGAAUAUGUUGUCAAUCUACUGUAUGUCGCUGCAAUGGGCAUGUGGUGCCAUACCAGAGAAAGGGUAUUUUGCUACAUGUAGAAUGGAGAGGGGCAGUAUCUUUUGUCCACCGUCAUGUCUUUUUUUGUAUCGUAAGCAUACACUGUACUUUUUACAGCUGAGCAAUAAAAGAGAAAAGCUUUUAACAUUC